AUGCAAGCACCUAGAGGAAAACAAUUGAAAAUAAAUGGUAACGUCGUAAAUGUUCCAGCAGAUGUUAAUAGCACUGUUAAUAUGUUACCAAGAAUGCCACAUGAAACUGGUACAAUUAAAGUUCAGUUAAAACGCAAGUUACAAGACAAGAGCGCAGCAUUGUCUCUAAAUAUUAGACCACACCAAGUUUUUAAAGUAGCUGCCUGGUUAGCAAAUAACAGUUCUCUUUAUCAACAAGAAGGAAUUGUUCUCAACCAAAAGUGGGAUGAAAGUUUUAAUGCGCGCGAUGAUAAUGUAAAUAUAGAACCAAUACCUGAUGAAAAUGCCGAGGAUCUUAAUGAAAAUGUUGACAAUUCAAAAGAUGUUGACUUCAGUGAAGACGAAGCUGAAAUACCUGCUGGCGUCACGGAUACAAUUAACAGCUACAGAUUUUCUAAAUGA